CCUCACUAGCACUACUCUCUCCCCGCUUUCCUCCUUACUUACACCCGUCCUCUCCUUCUUCCACCUUUCUUCUUCUUCUUCAAAAUGACGACGCUCCAGGACGACGACCUCUACCUCCAUGCUGGCCGUGCUGCCGGUAAGGUCCUCAUCAUAACCGGUGCUGGUAACGGUAUCGGACGUGAGGUAGCCAUCAAGUUCGCCCAGCUUGGUGCCAAAGUGGUUAUCGGAGACCUUGACGUCACCGGGGCCGAAAAGACUGCAGAGGAUAUCAAAGCUGCUGGCGGCCAGGCUACCGCGGUCAAGGUCAACGUGACCAACUGGGACGACCAGUGCCGCCUCUUCGAAGUCGCUCAGUCCACCUACGGCUCUGUCGACAUUGUCAUUCCUAACGCUGGUAUCGGCGAGUCCGGUCGUUUUGGACUAGUCAAGUUCGAGGAUGGCAAGCCCGUCCAGCCGAACCUCUUCACCCUCGACGUCAACCUCAAAGGUGCCCUCUACACCGCCCACCUGGCGCAGCACUACAUGAUCACCACCGAGAAGAAAGAAGGCGACCUCAAGUCGAUAGUCUUCAUGGGCUCGAUGGCGUCGUGGGUCGCGCUCCCCGGUUCGGUGCAAUACGCCGCGUCAAAACACUCCAUCCUUGGCGCGAUGCGCUCCCUCUCGCUCCCGCUCAAGGCGCAGGGCGUCCGUGUCGCGUGCAUUCACCCGUUCUUCGCCGAAACGGCGAUGAUCUCCCCGCGCGAGCGUCUCAUGUUCGCUGGCAUCCCCCUCACACCCAUGGCACGCAUCGUCGGCGCCAUCGUCAACGCCGCGACUGAUCCGAACCUCAAUACGACUGGCGCCGCGUACGUGCUCCCCGACAAUGGGCUCACGUUCCGCGUGUCGCAGGAGUUCUUCACCCUUGGCAUCUACGGCCUCAUCAACAAGCGUGUUGGGUGGUUUAAGACCGUCGGCACCGUCUUCUACUUUAUCAACAUUGCCAAGGAUGUCCGCAAGGCGCUUAUUGGCAGGAAGGCCACCUUCGCGCUCACUUUCCUUGCAGCAUGGUUCGCCUGGAGACGAACGGGGCUUUCGCAAGUUAUUCGACCCCUCAUUUCCAGCUACGUCCAGCAGCGGCGUCGGUGAUCGGUAGCUGCCUGAUUUUCUUCUCCCUUCUAUUAUGUCCUCUAGUUGUAUCGUACUAUACAAACACUGUUAACACCGACGCUCCUUGAUCCUAAAUUAAUAAUUUUCGCUAGGGUUUAUCAUCAAUUCUUCAGACUUCCCUUUCGUGCCAAGACCAAGUUUCGACAGAUCGUUGCCCUGAG